GAUUGUGGGCGGGGCGACAACGGCGGAGCGCCCGCCUCCCCCGGGCGAGCGGGCCGUUGUCCGUGGCUCCGCGGCUGGGCGCGCGUCACGUAGGUUACGCACAGUUACUCCCCGGGGCCCGCCCGGAGCCCGCGCAGGCUGCGGCGCCUUCCCGAGCUGCGCACCCCGAAGGCGGGGGCCGCGAUGGCGCCGGUGGGGGGCCCGAGGUGGAGCUGAUCAGGGGCUAAGAAGAACCUGAUCGAGUUGGGGCCAAUCACGAGGUCCUUCCCCGCCUGUGGGUCCGGGUUCCCGCCCGCCGAUUUCCAGCCGUCAGGGUCCGCUACUCUGGAAGCCCUGAACUCUGUACCCCAUCAAGUCCCGGGCCCCCUGCGGGAAUGUUCAAAAAUGAGUACCAGGGAGGUGCAUUUGUUGAAAUCUUUAGUGCUCAGGGGAAAAAUCCUGGAGCAAGAUGGAAGAUCCUUGGCAGCCCAUCUGUGAUUUGGAAAGAGUUUGAUAAGGAAGUUAAAAGUUUUGUGUUUGUCCUGGAAGGCAGCAGCCAAACAAACAAAAUUCAGUUACCAAAGGAGAAUAAGCAAAUCCUUGGACUGAUCCAGAGGUUUCUUGUACUUCAGAUUUACAUACCCCUGGGACAAGACUUCUCCACUGAAUUGCUCAUUACUGAUUUAGGGAACAUCAAAAGAAGAUUGUAUUUAUCAACAGUCCAUAAGGAACUGUCCUCAACCCCUCUUCAUGCAAAAAUUCCACUCUUCAUGAUCAAGCGCAAAAUUUGGUGCAAUCUGUGCAUUGACUUAGUGGCAUUUACCAGUGAAAUAUUUAAGGGAGCAGUUUUCCAGUCAUUGGAUGGAAUUAUUGUCUCAGCUAACUGUAAGCUACGGAAAAUCUUCACUUUAAAAUCAAAGCCUCAAGACACUGCUGAUAAAGAUGCUGGAUAUGCUGUUCCCUUUCCAACAGAUGAACCUACAGACAUUAUUCCACGAAGCUGCCAACUAACGACAGAUGUUCCACAAGUCACACAGCUGCUAAAUAUGACUAAACUCCGCCAAACUGAAAUAAAAUUUGGAGGUCAUCCUCUCAGUUCAGCAGAAUCAGAUCAAUUCAUAAACAGAGGAACGAGUGGUGUGCGGAACAAUAGAAGUCAAGAUGUUUGUCACAUUGCCUUUGGAUCCAAAGUUCUUGGACCACCUCCACUCUCUGGCAGAAGGAAUAACUUGAGGAUGUCCAGUGAGACAAUAAAAUCUGUUGGGUCUAAAAAUAACCGAUCUUGCCAGCAGUCCACUGCACAAAAGUGUGAAAACAGUGCAGAGAUGUCAACCUUGCUGUCUGAGUCUGAGGAACAAGGAGAUAAAGAAAAUAUUCGCCAAAUAAAGCAGACUGUACCUAUUCAUGCCAAUCUGCAUCCACAUCCCCCUCAAGAACCAUCAGCAGAUAAGAAUAACAACAGGAGAAGAUUACGGUUAAAAAGCACCAGCAGAGAAAGGACAGAGACACCCAGCGGCAGUUCUUCAGGACAUAACAGGAAUGAAGAUAAAGCAACAACUGCCCUCACCACUGUGUUGCAACAAAGAGCAGAGACGUUGAACCCUAGCAUUCCAGCACCCCAGUCUCCUGAUCAAGCAGAUGAGUGGAUAUUUCCUGCAAAUGAUGACCACAUUCCCCAUUUGGCAUCCAGCAGACAGUCUUUACUUCUGGAUGAUGAUUCCCACCAAAUUUCACACCUGUGGCUAGAAGCCAGCCAGGAAAGUGAACAUGACCUUCAGAGAGAAGACACCCAGAUUGUUCCCAAGGACAUUUUCACUUUUUCAUCAAGACCACGAUCAGCACCUCAUGGAAAGACACAGAAUAUGUCCCCAGAAGGCUGUCCAUUUAUUUUGGAUCUGAAUGAAGAUACCAGUAUAACAAGAAGAGACACCCAAUUGGAGAAAGAUCUUUAUGGCAGUGACAGCAGCGAAGAGGGUAACCACAGUGUCCAGGGUUCUCCAGUUUCAACAAGUAGUCCUUCAGGGUUAACUCAGUUAACAUUAGAGAGCAAGCUGGGAGAGGCUUCAAGGUGGACAAGCAAAGGAUAUCUAAAAAGUGCCCACUCAGAAGCAGAAGCAUCAGAAAGCCAGAAUUCCUUGGCAAAGCAGAUAGAUAGUAAAGACUUUCAAACGAGUUUGGUGCCUACACCAUGCCUUUCUCCCCCUGGAAGAAGAAGUGACUCCACCCAGAAAACUCCAGAUCCUAUUACCAAAGCAAAGAACCUACCAGCCCAGCAAGUGCCAGUAAACAAAGGCUCCCUAAAGGAAAUCUCAGGGGAAAAGUUGAAAUUGAUUCCCGAAGUGUCUGAAUAUGACUGGAGAAACUAUCAGACCAGCCAGAUGAGUGAAUCUGAGUUACAAAUGCUGGCGAGCUUACGGCGGCAACAGAAUGAAGAGCUGGAGGACACUGGGGCUUCCCAUGGCCUAAGUGCAUCCCAGGUUGACAACUGUAAUGUCAGCAUAAGCACCAGCAGCGAUGACACAACCACCUGGAACUCCUGCCUGCCACCUCCUGUCAACCAAGGUCGUCACUAUCAGAAAGAAAUGAAUCCACCUUCCCCUUCUAACCCCAGGGACUGGUUAAAUAUGUUGAGUCCACCAAUUGUUCCUCCCAGUCAGCAUUCAGCAGAGCUGCAUCCAGAUUCUUCUGGAAGUUUGAGUGCGCAAGGUGAAGACGACGUGAGUGUGGAAGAGGACGAGGAGGUGCUGACUCUACUGUAUGACCCAUGUCUGAACUGUUACUUUGACCCCCAGACAGGGAAAUACUAUGAGUUGGUGUAAUCCCUCCUUUCAGAGCAAGGAGUGCCUUCCCCACCCCCAGGCAGAGCCAAGGGCAGUUGUGACUCUGCGGAGUUGGCACCUCAGUGUGUGUUUGUGUGUGUGUGUGUCAGCAGGCCUGCAGAAUCAAAAGUAACGAGAGAGAUGAACUCAUUUUUGUAAAUAAUGUUCAAUGUUAAGAAUACCUACAUUCAUUUUGUAGAUGCGUGUGAUUUUUUGGGAAAUGUGAAAGAAUUAAUACAGAUGUGAUUUUAGGACUUUGAAUUGGUUCUCAUUUGUUGGUUCUCAUACUGUACAUGUAAUUUUCUUUAUUUCAUAUAAUUUUAUGUGAACAAAUUAAGAGUUAUUAAAUUCAAAUUUUGCGCAGUGUUAAUCUGUAAAUGAUGGCUUGAUACACAGAAAAUGUAUUCUUGUUUAAAAGAUAUCUGGAUAACCUUUUAUUUUACUACCUAUUUGUAUUGAAAAUAAAGUAUGAUGGUCAGACGAAUACCUUUUCAACUGCUUC